AUGGCUGGACUUAUUAACUUUGAAGACGAAAAGGAGGUUAAGCAAUUCCUGGACAAUUUAGGAAUAGAAUACAGCUUCCAGUGCCAUAAAGAAAAGGACCCUGAAGGAUGUCAACGAUUAGCUGAUUAUUUGGAAGGGGUGAAGACAAAUUAUGAAGCUGCAGCCCAAGUACUCAAACACAACUGUGAGACACAUGGUCAUGGAGAAAGCUGCUAUAAACUUGGAGCCUAUCACAUCACUGGUAAAGGUGGAGUACCUGAAUGCCUGAAAACUGCCUACUCCUGUUUUGUGCGCUCCUGUACUGCUGGAGGAAAGAAGUCCACAGAUGCUUGUCACAAUGUCGGUCUGCUGGCUCAUGAUGGACGAGCGAUGGGUGGAGAACCAGACGUGAAGGCCGCUCAACAGCACUAUGAGAAGGCCUGUGCAGGUGGAUUUGCCCCUUCAUGCUUCAACCUGAGUGCGUUGUAUAUCACAGGCAAUCCAGGUUCUGUGGCCUCAGAUAUGUCACUAGCACUGAAGUAUGCUAACAGGGCUUGUGAAUUGGGACAUGUGUAUGGAUGCGCCAAUGCAAGUCGCAUGUACAAGCUGGGAGAUGGUAUAGAGAAGGAUGAGAAGCGGGCAGAAGAACUGAAAAACCGAGCCAAGGAACUUCAUGGUUUGGAGAAAGAAAGGCAGCUUAAAUUUGGAGAAUGA